AUUAAUUCCAACUAUCUCUCGAGAAUAUUCAUUCCCUCUCUCUCUCUCAAAAAAAAAAAUGAAAUUCUCAAACCGUGUUCUUUCAUCUCUUCUCGUGAUCUCUUUUAUCUUUCUUGCUGCCACUACAGAGAUGGGUUUGGCGGAUAAAAUAUGCAAGACACGGAGCGACCGUUUCACAGGUUUGUGUUUGAGCGAUAACAGUUGUGCCAUCAUUUGUAGACAAUUCGAGAAAUUUGAAAGCGGUCACUGCGGCGGAGCCUUCCUUCGUUGUUUAUGCACCAAAGCAUGUUAAAGACUAUCAUAAUAUUAUCAAGAACCAGUUGUAUUUUUAAUGUUUUCUAUGUGGCUGUUUUAGAAUAUAUCUAUAUAUAUAUAUAUAUAUAUA